AUGAACCUUAUUGGAACCAGCAGUAUUGACACCACGUGUACGGUCUGGCAGCUUGAGGUACCGUGAGCCAUCUUGACUCUUUAAACGAGAAAGAUUCUCAGACUGGUCAAGCACUGGGCACUACCCGACCCGCGGCGGCGAUUGAUGGAACCGUCCGAACGCAAUUGAUCGCCCACGACAAGGAAGUGUUCGACAUUUCGUUUUCGCGAGGUUCCGCCCAAAUCUUCGCGUCAGUCGGUGCCGACGGAUCCCUCCGAUUGUUCGAUUUGCGAAGGCUCGAGCACUCGACGAUCAUGUACGAGGAUCCGCAGAGACAACCUCUUCUGCGGCUCGCCUGGAAUCGCAAUGAUCACAAUUACAUUGCCACGUUCGGACAGGACAGUAAGGAGGUGAGCUCAACCAAUCAAUACCUCUUCCUCAAGUCAAAUGUUCCGUUAAGGUUCUGAUUCUGGACCUCCGGUUACCGUGCACCCCGGUGGCACGUCUACGCAAUCACGAGGCGACAAUCAACGGACUCUCGUGGGCUCCGCACUCGGGAUCGCACAUUUGCACGGCCGGAGACGACUUCCAGGCGCUCAUCUGGGACGUUCAUGAAAUGCCGAAGCCGAUUGAUGACCCCAUCCUGGCGUACAGAGCAGAUGCCGAGGUAGGAGCUUUCUGGAAGGAGUGCCUCACCGAAUCCGCGUGUUUUCAGGUGAAUCAGAUCCAUUGGUCGGGCUCGUUCCCGGAUUGGAUCUCCAUUUGCUCCGACAACAAAUUGGAGAUCCUUCGAGUCUGA